GUGGACGGGACGAUGUGGAGCAGGCUCAGACUCAGCCGGCAUGUUCCGUCGGGCCACCCGGCUGGCCCGAGUCCCGAAGCUCCCACUUUUUUGGCGGUGGCCACGGCGACGCGCUGCCGGCGUGGAUGGGCGGCGCCGGCGCAUCCUCCGACGCCGCCGCACUCGCCGCCAAUGCGCCCUUUGGCUUCGUCGAUGCCGACCUCAAGGCAUACCUGCGCACCGCUCUGACGUCGCUCGCCGCGCUGGCGCAGCCCGACGCUGCCGAUGAGGAUGACGGCGACGUGUCGUCGCUCGAGGAGCGGCGCACGCUGCGCAACGCCGCCCUCGCCGAGAUUGCCGGCCGCGAGCUGGCCAUCGCGACGGACCCGGACACGAGCCGCGUGCUCGAGCUGCUCGUCGGCGCCAUGGAGGCGCGCCAGUGCCGCGUGCUGGCCGACAAGCUGUGUGGCAGCCUCACGACGCUGGCGCUGCAUCGCUUCGGCUCGCACGUGCUGCAGAGCGUGCUGCAGGCGCUGCAGCAGCUCGCCUCGCUCGAGUGCGCGCCAUCGGGCAGCCGCCGCGCCACGCUGCGCUCGCUGUCGCCGGAGCAGGAGGAGGAGGAGGGGCCUCGCAGCAGCGGCGUGCUGCGCUCCGCCUGCGCGCUGCUCGAGGACAUGGCUGCCGAACUGCUGCCCGCGCUGCCGCGCCUGCUGCAGGACGCCUUUGGCACGCACAUUCUGCGCUCGCUGCUCCUGCUCCUUGCCGGGCGCUCGCUGAGCGAUGCGCAGCGCUCGCGGCGCUCGCAGAAGUUCCGCGCGCGCGAGACGCUGGCGCCCGAUGCGCUCGCCGACGAGGGUGCCGCCGCGCGGGCGGCGCAGCUGCACAUGCCGAGCUCCUUUGCUGCGCUCCUGCUGCGCGUGCGCGAGGCCGCCAUGGCGGAGCUGGGCUCCAACGAGGCGCGCGCAUUGUCCGUCUCGACGACGGGCAGUCCGACGCUGCAGCUGCUGCUCGAGCUCGACGGCCGCGCCGUGCCGGGCGGCACGCUCGAUCUCGUGCUCGACGGCCUGCUCUCUGCUGCGCCCGACUCCGUCGACGAGCGCAGCGCACACGUCGAGGCCCUGCUGCGCGACGUCGUCGGCAGCCACCUGCUGCAGGCGCUGCUGCCGCUGCUGCCGCCCGCCGCGCUGGCGCUCUUCUGGCGGCGCCACGUGCAGGGCAAGCUCGGCAAGCUCGGCACGCACCCGCUCGCCAACUUUGUCGUCGCGGCCGCCGCGCGGCGCCUGCCGUCGCAGCUGGAGCUGGGCGACGACGCGGACAGCGAGGCGUUCCUCUUCGAGCAUGCCCUGGGCGAACUCAAUGCCUCCGGCGACAAGCUCGUCAAGGAGGGCAAGCUGGGCGUCGUCUCUGCCCUCGUGGAGCGCGCCGGCGCUCUCGGCGUGCUCUAUCCGCCCGCGCCGCCACCCACGCGCGGCGGCGGCGGCGGCGGCGGCGCGCGCCUGGAGAGCCUCGAGGAGCGCACGGUGCGCGCCGUGCGUGGCGCCUUUGGCCUGAUGGAGCCGGAGCAGGAGCGCCUGCUGGUGCCUGUGCUGCUGAGCAUGAAGGGACGCAAGGCGUGGGACAAGGAGCGGCGGCGGCAGGCCGAGCGGCGCCGGAAGCGCCAGCAGGCCGACACUGAGGCCGACGCCAGCGCCAACGCGGCCUCGACGACGCCGCAGGCGCCGCCGCCGGCAGAGCACGACGCGCGCGGCGCCUGGGCCGAGGACGAGGAGCUGCAGGAGUGGGAGGCGACGAUGCAGGGCAGCGUCUUGUUGCAGACCAUGACGCGGCUCAGUGCGCCGGCCAAUGAUGCCGUGUACCAGAGCCUGCUUGCGAUGCCCUCGCUCGUGCCGCUGGCGCGCUCCGCCGUCGCCUCGCAUCUCCUCGUCGCCGCCCUCGCGUCGCCGACGGCGACGUUUGCGCAGCGCAAGGACCUGCUCGCCGCGCUGCAGCCGGCGCUGCAUCUGCUCGCCGACGCGGCGCCGCGCGUCGCCUACUCGGUCUGGGAGCGCUCCGACGGCUUCACAAAGGUGCGCGCGCCUCUCUCUCUCUCUCUCUCUCUGCGUGGCCCUUGCUGCGCUCUGACCUCGCAACCUUUGCCUCCACCCCGCUGAACCCCCUGCGUUUGCAUUGUAAACAGGAGCGCCAUGUCUCUGCCCUCCUGGCGCACGAGCGCUUCCUGCUCGGCUCGCCGCGCGGCCGGCCGUUCCUGCGGCGCAUCAACAUUGCGCUCUUCCGCAAGUCCGUGGGCGAGUGGAAGAAGUGGCUGGCGACGCAGGCGCCGCCGGCGCCGCUGCUGCCGCGCCUCGGCGAGGCGCCGCCGCUGCCGCCGGCGCA